CGAGCUGCCUGCAGCCACCGCGCUCCUGCUCGGCACUCGGUACCGCGCGCCCGCCCCGUCGCCAUGGCCGGGCUUGUGGUCAGUGGAACUCAAGUGUCCUACAUAGGCCAGGACUGCAGAGAGAUUCCAGAGCACCUCGGCAGGGACUGUGGACACUUUGCAAAGAGGCUUGAUCUGAGCUUUAACCUUCUGAGGUCACUGGAAGGACUGAGCGCGUUCGGGAGCCUGGAGGAACUCAUCUUGGACAACAAUCUGCUCGGCGAUGACCUCGUGUUGCCAGGGUUACCCAGGCUCCACACCUUAACCCUCAACAAGAACCAAAUAUCUGACUUGGAGUAUCUGCUUGAUCACCUGGCAGAAGUUACACCAGCUCUGGAGUACCUCAGCCUCCUGGGGAAUGUGGCAUGUCCCAAUGAGCUCGUCAGCCUGGAAAAGGAUGAGGAAGACUACAAGAGAUAUAGAUGCUUUGUUCUGCACAAACUACCCAAUUUGAAGUUUCUGGAUGCUCGGAAAGUAACCAAACAGGAACGAGAGGAAGCUUUGGUCAGAGGGGCAUUCAUGAAGGUGGUGAAGCCCAAGCCCUCCAGUGACAGAGUUGUUGUCUCUCCUAAGAGCCACUACACACCCCUGCCUUCUGCUUCCAGGGAACUCACCAGUCACCGAGCAUCAAGGUCUGGGAAAGCAUCAGCUCCCUCCAACAAGUCAGCUCUUCACAUCAGAUGGCCAAAGUAUUGGAGCUUCAGCUUCAACAACAGUCCUUCCAAUGAAUAUUCAGGGUUGAUUUCCUUUAGGAAUGACUGGUUUGAUCUUCUUGCAGUCCAAGAAAUUCUCAAGAAUCUUCUCCAGCAUCACAGUUCAAAAGCAUCAGUUCUUCAGUGCUCAGCCUUCUUUAUGGUCCAACUUUCACAUCCAUACAUGACUACUAGAAAAACCAUAGCUUUGACUAUAUGGACCUAUGUCCACAAAGUGAUGUCUCUGCUUUUUAAUACACUGUGUAAUUCCAAACCUAACAGAAAUAUCUUUCAUAAGUGAAGAGAAAAAGAUACUUUCUAGAUAUACAAAGAUUGAGUGAAUUUGCUAUCUGCAAUUCUAUGUUAAAUAAAUACUGAAGAGAGCUCUGAUAGAAGGAAAAUAAUCUGAUAGUGUGUGGUUGAACCACACUGUGUCCGUUUGGUCAGCUUCAUCUUAGCCUGGGUGUCCUACACCCUCUCCUUUCCCUGUGACUGAGGAGUACCCUAACUCACAAGGAAUGUGCCUACACCAGAUGAGUUCCCUAUCAGCUUCUACCUUUGGAAUCUGGAAGAACGCCUUUUUCUGUUUCAAAUGGUUAAAUGGUCAUGAGACCCUCAGGGAGAGGAAAAUAUCCUUGAUUCCCAUCUUGCAGACAUGCUUCUCACUUGGUAGCCCAAUUCUAUUUUUAGCUUUAGCCUGUUGUACCCCUUUUAGCUUCUCCAAGCAUAGCUGCAAAUGCCUUUGGAUCAUUGUCCCCACAUCCUGCCCGUGUGUAAGUUCCUCACAAUAA